GAAUCAAACUUCAAAACGCAGAAAGAGAGAGGAAGAAACAGAGAGAGAGCCUAGCCGCCCCCUUCGUCAAACCCUAACCCUUAUUUUUGAGUCUACAGUUUCUCACUUUUGUUUCUGAAUCAGGUUUAACAAUAGCUUCGUCUAAGAAGCCCCCAAUUUUUCUUGGGAGAAAAUUUCGAGAUCGAAGCAGGUUGUGAAUGGUGGAAAUCUUAAGCGUCAGUAAUUUCAUGCGCUCGAUUUCACAAUCGAGGGCGAGCGCUGCUGCUAUUCUCCUCCCUGUCUCCGCCGCAUCUGCUUUCUCCUUCGGCUCCUGCAAGGAAGGCUGGUACUACCGCUGCCUCGGCGUCGACCCCUGAAUCAAUUCGCCGCCGCGAUCUAGCUGCGAUUUAAUUUCUCAACAGUCCUUACUCUCAUCUUUUCGUUCGAAACCGUCUUCUAUUGUUUUUGUUUGAUCAAAUAAUCUCUCAGCCGCGAUUUCGGUAUUGAUUUUGUACAAAAAUGUUGCUGUACAAGCAGAAGAAGAGCCAGGCCGCCGCCAAGGGCAACAGGUUCUUGAUCAGCAUCACCGUGCUGGGCAGUGCCGGCCCGAUCCGGUUCGUUGUCAACGAGGAGGCUCUUGUGGCUGCGGUGAUCGACACCGCCUUGAAAUCCUAUGCUCGUGAGGGCCGCCUUCCGAUUCUCGGCUCCCAUCUCAAUGAGUUCGUGCUCUACUGCCCUACGGCUGGUCCGGAUGCUCUGAGUUCAUGGGACACAAUUGGAUCGCAAGGAUCUCGGAACUUUAUGCUAUGCAAGAAGCCUCAGCCUGUGAAAAUGCCGGAGGCUGAGAUACCGGCAGCUGCGAUUUCUCGCAAGGGGAGUGGGAGCUGGAAGGCAUGGAUCAACAAGUCCCUGAACCUCAAAAUCUCUUCCCAUUAAGUUAAAUGUCUGGACUAAUGGGCUAGGUGAUUGUGUUCUUCCAUGGUUUUUGUUUUCAUUUGCGUCUAUUCAUUAGUUAUAGAGUCAGUCAGGCAUGUGAUUUCGACUGUACUCUUUGUUUUUGGAGUUUUGUUUUCGAAUAAAUUAGCCAUUUGGUGUGUUUGUUAUUUUUCUCUCCAUGGAAUACUAUCUUUCAAAUCUCUUUGCUUGGAA